AUGGAGGAAUCCUUCGAUCUGAUUGACAUGGGAGAGGAGAUAUUUGCCAUUUCAAGCUCUUCCGCUGCUGAUACCGCGUUUGAUGUCGCCAUUGGCUGCAUAGAGGACAUUAUUGUGGAAGAUGGGUUUCAAAAGCUUCAACAAAGCUUCAUGGAGAAAUAUUACCGAGAGUUUGAUAUUUCAGAAGAGAAUAAGCUUGAAUACACACAGAUAUUCAAUGAUUAUGUUGAUCUGCUGGAGAAGCACUUAGAACAGCAGCUUUUGGAAAGAAUACCAGACUUCAACAUGAAUAACUUCAUUCAACUUCUAAUGCAACACAAAGAAGAGGUUCCAGGUGAUAUCUUUGACGUGAUACUUCCAUAUACAGACUUCAUUGCCUUCAAAGAGAUGUUUCUUGAAUACAAAGCUGACAAAGAAGGUAGCUGUGUGGAUCUUGGACUAGUCGUGACGCCGCUGGUGACUUCUCAUAGAAAACACUGCAGCUCGAGUAAAUCUCAGUGA